AUGGUUCUCUCUAACGUCUUCACUUUGUUCUGGGUUAUGGUCCUUGCGGGCUGUGUUGCUGCCGCACCCUUGGAACCUCGCCAGUUUUCCGCACGUAUUACACUGGGUUAUAGGACGGUUAGCAAGGAGCAAGCCAAGCAGUACAAUGCCAAGGGGAGAAUCACCUUCGACCCUGCAAAGGCUCAAGGAAACCAGAUUGGCGUCGGCGUCUACACCACACCUGGCCCGGCCGAGUGGAAGGGGAACCCAGGAGACUGGUACUGCCACAUUACCGCCCGCAUGUCGACUGUGGAUUCCAUCCCGAAAGUCUGGGUCCCUAAGAAAUACUGGUGGAACAUCCAAAAGAUGUAUACGUGGGCGGACAAGGAAUUCACCCAGAAGACUAAGAAUUUCGACUUUGAUAAUGUCUUGCGCCUUUCGCAAAUCGGCGACUACGAGCCGACCAAGCAGCUUCUGAUCCCGACAUACCUGCUCUCCGGCAAGGGUAUGGACUUGAAAGUCACCUGCAAGGCUAAUUGGAAAGACCUUCCCUCGACCAAGCCGGUGGACUAUUCCAAAUGGCCCAAGGUCCUUGGCAUCCCUCAGUAG